GAAAAGAAAAAGGGGACCCACUGAACAUUGCCAUUGACAAGAUGACCAAAAAAACAAGGGAUCUACGAAGACAGCUACGGAAGGCAGUGAUGGAUCAUAUAUCUGACUCAUUCCUGGAGACCAAUGUUCCAUUACUUGUUCUUAUUGAGGCUGCAAAGAGUGGUAACGAGAAAGAAGUGAAGGAAUACGCUCAAGUUUUCCGUGAACAUGCCAACAAGUUAGUUGAGGUUGCCAAUCUGGCCUGUUCUAUCUCCAAUAACGAAGAAGGUGUGAAGUUAGUCCGUAUGGCAGCAACCCAGAUUGAUAGUCUAUGCCCACAGGUAAUAAAUGCUGCACUCACGUUGGCUGCCAGACCCCAGAGCAAAGUAGCUCAGGACAACAUGGACGUCUUUAAAGAUCAGUGGGAGAAACAAGUGAGAGUUCUCACUGAGGCAGUUGAUGACAUCACUUCUGUGGACGACUUCCUCUCUGUCUCAGAAAACCAUAUUCUGGAGGAUGUGAAUAAAUGUGUGAUCGCCCUCCAAGAGGGGGAUGUUGAUACACUGGACAGAACUGCAGGUGCAAUCCGUGGUCGUGCAGCCAGAGUCAUUCACAUCAUCAAUGCAGAGAUGGAAAACUAUGAAGCUGGAGUUUAUACCGAGAAGGUACUGGAAGCUACAAAAUUGCUUUCAGAAACUGUUAUGCCACGUUUUGCUGAACAAGUUGAGGUUGCCAUUGAAGCUUUGAGUGCGAAUGUCCCACAGCCAUUUGAAGAGAAUGAAUUCAUAGAUGCCUCCCGCUUGGUUUAUGAUGGAGUUCGUGACAUCAGGAAAGCUGUUCUGAUGAUAAGGACCCCUGAAGAGUUAGAGGAUGAUUCAGACUUUGAACAAGAAGAUUAUGAUGUUCGCAGCCGAACGAGUGUUCAGACUGAGGAUGACCAGCUUAUUGCCGGGCAGAGUGCAAGGGCUAUCAUGGCUCAACUGCCCCAGGAGGAGAAGGCUAAGAUUGCGGAGCAGGUAGAGAUAUUCCACCAAGAAAAGAGCAAACUGGACGCUGAGGUGGCCAAAUGGGAUGACAGUGGUAAUGACAUCAUUGUGUUGGCAAAGCAGAUGUGCAUGAUUAUGAUGGAAAUGACGGACUUUACUAGAGGUAAAGGGCCAUUGAAGAAUACAUCUGAUGUCAUUAAUGCUGCCAAGAAGAUUGCAGAAGCAGGCUCUAGAAUGGACAAAUUGGCACGAGCUGUAGCUGAUCAGUGCCCUGAUUCAGCUUGCAAGCAGGAUCUGUUAGCAUAUCUACAGCGCAUUGCCCUCUAUUGCCACCAGCUCAAUAUCUGCAGCAAGGUGAAGGCAGAAGUGCAGAAUCUUGGAGGAGAACUUAUUGUAUCAGGGACUGGAGUUCAGAGCACUUUCACUACCUUUUAUGAGGUAGAAUGUGAUGUCAUAGAUGGGGGCAGGGCUAGUCAACUUUCUACCCACCUACCCACCUGUGCUGAGGGAGCUACGCUUGGGAACGGAAGCAGUGACUCCUCCACGCUGGACAGCGCUACGUCCCUCAUCCAGGCAGCUAAAAAUCUGAUGAACGCUGUGGUCCUUACUGUGAAAGCAUCAUAUGUGGCUUCUACGAAAUAUCAGAAGGUCUAUGGUACAGCUGCAGUGAACUCACCUGUUGUAUCUUGGAAGAUGAAGGCCCCCGAGAAGAAACCCUUAGUAAAGAGAGAAAAGCCAGAAGAGUAUCAGACACGAGUGAGAAGAGGUUCCCAGAAGAAACAUAUUUCCCCAGUACAGGCUUUAAGUGAAUUUAAAGCUAUGGAUUCCUUCUAAAACACUAGGCUUUACCAGGAGGGUUUUAUAUUCCUUUUUGUAUGCAUACCUGCCGACUUGUAUGCGUCUGGCAUGGGGGAAAAAACUAAUGAAGCAGUGUCAAUUUGCAUGCAACCUGAGGCUCUAUUAAAGUAAUUAACAAUCUGCAACCCAUGAAUGCAGACCAAUCUAUUCUGAUGUUACAUGGAGUUAUCCCAAGCUUACCUUUUUAAACUAUAGCCUAAAAUUGGCCAAAGAAUUUUCACCUCAAGUGUGGGGGUAAAUAAUAAACUGAAAAGCAAAACUUUAUGCAUGCAAGAAACAUUAAGUUGGCAGGUAUAUUUAAAAGAAAAAACCUUGAAGUGUAAUGGUAGACCAUAAAGCUCGUAUUGCUUCUGUUACAGUGCAAAAAUGUACUAGCCAAUAUGCUUAAAUGUGUGGCCCAAUAAUUAAACAAUUUAACUUUUAAGUCAUCUUCAUCAUAGUAUGUGAAUUUUGAACAAGGAUAAAGACUAAUCCAUUUUAAAAAUGCUUCCUUUAAUCCAUAUUUUAUUCUUUAUAUUCUAGUAGUGGUUAUGACUAUGCUCAUGUUUCAAUUAAUCCCAUUAAUAUGGAAAAAAGUUUUACUUUUUGCCAAUUGAAUUCUUUAUGGUGAAGUAUGAAGCACAAUAUGGUGAUUGACAUUGCCUUUUAUAUUAUUAUUAUGUUAUUGUUAGAAAUAGAAGACCUGGUGGUGGAAUGCUUAGACACAGAAAUUGAUUAUGUGAGAAUUUAGAGGCAAAUAUGUAGGUGUAGCUUGGAUUACAGGUAUCUAAUAUACCAUUGUAACCACUAAAUCUCAAUAAACUCAUUUA